CUCAGGGCGGGAAGCUGGAAAAAAAUUGUCUCUUUCACUCUCUCUCUCUUUCUGUUUUUUUUCUUUUAUCAUAUCUUUCUCUCUCUAGGGUUUGUAAAUUUGAAUUCGAAAGCUAAAAAUCUGAAAAACUUGAAUUUUAUAGCGGUGCAGCUCGGUUGUAGAGCUGGUGGGGGGUUUUGAGUUGAUGUGAAUUGAGGUAUAGCUGAAUGAAGGAGAUGACUCUGCGAAAGGGCCUGAAGGUUUGGGUUGAAGAUAAGGACUUGGCUUGGGUUGCUGCUGAAGUCACCGACUUUAUCGGCAAGCAAGUUCAAGUCCUCACUGAGAAUGGGAAAAAAGUACUGGCUUUGCCGGAGAAGUUGCUUCCCAGGGACGUGGAAGAAGACCAUGGCGGAGUAGAUGAUAUGACCAAAUUGACUUAUUUGAAUGAACCAGGAGUGCUUGACAAUCUUCAGAAAAGAUAUGUUCUUAAUGAAAUUUAUACAUACACGGGGAGCAUUCUAAUUGCUGUCAAUCCAUUCACAAAACUUCCUCAUCUAUAUAAUAUGCACAUGAUGGAGCAAUAUAAAGGAGCUCCCUUUGGCGAGCUUAGCCCUCAUGUUUUUGCCGUCGCUGAUGCAUCUUACAGAGCUAUGAUGACUGAGGGCCAAAGCCAGUCAAUAUUGGUUAGUGGGGAAAGUGGAGCUGGCAAGACAGAGACAACAAAAUUGAUUAUGCAGUAUCUUACAUAUGUUGGUGGUCGUGCUGCUGGUGAUGACAGGACAGUGGAGCAGCAAGUUCUUGAGUCUAAUCCACUCCUGGAGGCCUUUGGCAAUGCACGGACAGUUAGAAAUGACAAUUCGAGCCGUUUUGGCAAGUUUGUCGAGAUCCAAUUUGAUGCAAGUGGUCGAAUAUCUGGGGCUGCAAUUAGAACUUACCUUCUAGAGCGAUCUCGUGUUGUCCAGAUAACAGAUCCUGAGAGAAAUUAUCACUGCUUUUAUCAGUUGUGUGCAUCUGGGAUGGAUGCUGAGAAGUACAAAUUGAGCCAUCCUAGCGAUUUUCACUACUUGAAUCAGAGUAAGACCUACAACUUGGAUGGCGUAAGCAAUGCUGAGGAAUAUGUGAAGACAAGGAGGGCAAUGGAUGUUGUCGGAAUCAGUAAUGAGGAGCAGGAUGCUAUCUUUCGGACCUUAGCUGCCAUUCUGCAUCUUGGAAACAUAGAAUUUUCUCCAGGAAAAGAGCAUGAUUCUUCAGCUAUAAAAGACCAGAAGUCUAGUUUUCAUCUGGGAAUGGCUGCAAAUCUACUUAUGUGUGAUUUACAUCUGUUGGUGACUUCGCUUUGUACUCGAUCAAUUCAAACCCAUGAAGGGAUCAUAAUUAAGGCCCUUGAUUGUGCUGCUGCUGCUGCAGGGCGAGAUGCUUUAGCCAAGACUAUAUAUGCUCAGUUAUUUGAUUGGCUUGUUGAGAAGAUCAAUAGAUCUGUUGGGCAAGAUCCUGAUUCGAGAAUUCAAAUUGGAGUUCUUGACAUAUAUGGAUUUGAAUGCUUUAAGCAGAACAGCUUUGAACAAUUCUGCAUCAACUUUGCAAAUGAAAAGCUUCAACAGCAUUUCAAUCAGCAUGUAUUCAAGAUGGAGCAGGAGGAAUAUCAGAGAGAAGAAAUUAAUUGGAGUUACAUUGAAUUUAUUGACAACCAAGAUGUUUUGGAUCUAAUAGAGAAGAAGCCAAUAGGGAUAAUUGCUUUGUUGGAUGAAGCUUGUAUGUUUCCUAAAUCAACACAUCAGACGUUUUCAAACAAGCUGUUCCAAAACUUCCGGGGCCAUACACGACUUGAAAGAGCAAAAUUUUCUGAAACAGAUUUUACUGUCUCUCAUUAUGCUGGCAAGGUUACUUAUAAGACAGAGACAUUCUUAGAUAAAAAUCGGGACUACAUUGUUGCAGAGCACCGUAAUUUAUUAUAUUCUUCGAAGUGCUCAUUUGUUGCUGGCUUGUUUCCUCCUUUGGGAGAAGAAUCUUCAAGAUCUUCAUACAAGUUUUCUUCGGUGGCUUCUCGGUUUAAGCAACAACUUCAAGCACUUUUGGAAACCCUCAGCUCAACAGAGCCUCAUUAUAUUCGUUGCAUCAAGCCGAACUCCCUGAAUCGUCCCCAGAAGUUUGAAAAGCAAAGCAUCUUACACCAACUGCGUUGUGGGGGCGUUUUGGAGGCUGUGCGCAUAAGCUUGGCUGGUUAUCCUACUAGGAGGACUUAUCCUGAGUUUAUAGAUAGAUUUGGAAUCAUUGCUUUAGAAAUAUUGGAUGGAAGUUCUGAUGAAAGGACCAUCACGGAAAAGAUACUGCAGAAACUCAAGCUUGAGAAUUAUCAGUUGGGAAAGACAAAGGUGUUUCUUAGGGCUGGCCAGAUUGGUGUUUUAGAUUCUAGUCGUACUGCGGUUCUGGAUUCUGCAGCAAAGCGUAUACAAGGACAGCUGAGGACUUUUAUUGCUCGCAGAGACUUCAUUUCAAAGCGGGCAACUGCUAUUAUUCUACAGUCAUGCUGCAGAGGUUUUCUUGCUCGUUGUUUAUACACUUCGUUACGAGAAGCCUCUGCAACUUUAAUAAUACAGAAAUAUGUUAGGAGAUGGAUUUUAAGGCAUUCCUAUAUGCAACUUUGUAGUUCUACUUUGCUCAUACAAUCAAGCAUUCGUGGUUUCAUGACGAGGCAGAAGUUCUUAUAUCAAAAGGAAAACAAAGCAGCCACUAUAAUUCAGGCUAAUUGGAGAAUGUGCAAGGUGCGGUCUGCAUUUCAUAACCGUCAAUCCAAUAUUAUUGCAAUUCAAUGUCUUUGGAGGCAAAAAUUGGCUAAGAGAGAGCUCAGAAGGCUUAAACAGGAAGCUAAUGAGGCUGGUGCUUUGCGUUUAGCAAAAAGCAAGCUUGAGAAGCAGUUGGAGGAUCUUACAUGGCGACUUCAACUGGAGAAAAAAAUGCGGAUUUCAAAUGAAGAAGCUAAGUUGAUGGAAAUUUCAAAACUUCAAAAAACAGUGGAAUCUUUGAGCCUUGAACUAGAUGCUGCCAAACUUUCUACAGUAAAUGAGAUCAACAAAAAUGCGGUGCUUCAGAGGCAGCUUCAGUUAUCAAUGAAGGAGAGAACUGCUUUAGAAAAAGAAGAAGCUGCAAUUACAGAACUGAGAAAUGAAAAUGCAGUCUUAAAGAAAUCUUUGGCUGAAUUUGAAGAUAGGAACUCAGCACUUGAACGUGAGCUUGCCAAUGCUAAAGAAGAGGCUAGUGGGACCCUUACAAAGUUGAAGGAUGCUGAAGAAAAAUGUUCACAGCUACAGAAGAACUUGAAAAGGUUUGAAGACAAGAUUUCAGGUUUAGAGGAUGAGAUUGUUGUGCUCCGUCAAAAAGCAUUGUCACCUAGGAGAAACCGUGCUGGAAUUUCCAAUUCUUUUCUUGAUAAAGUCCCUGGUGCAUUUAGUCUUCUUUCAGCUGAUCGAAAAUCUAUAUAUGAAACUCCUCCUCCUACAAAAUUCAUAGCACCCCUUUCACAAGGAUUUUCUGAUUCCCGCCGUGGAAAGUUCACCAGUGAAAGGCAACAGGAGAACUAUGAAAUUCUUUCCCGGUGCAUCAAAGAAAAAUUGGGCUUCCAAGAUGGGAAGCCAGUGGCUGCCUGUCUCAUCUUUACAUGUCUUCAACAUUGGCGUGCUUUUGAGUCAGAAAGGACUGCUAUUUUUGACUUCAUUGUUGAGGGAAUCAAUGGAGUUAUAAAGGGUGAUGAUGAGGACAACACUACCUUGCCCUAUUGGUUAUCCAACACAUCAGCACUUCUUUGUCUUUUGCAAAGGAAUUUACGUGCUAAUGGCUUAUUUGGUGCUUCAUCUCAGCGCUCUGGUGGUGGUUCUGCCCUAAAUGGAAGGGUUGCACAUGGUUUAAAGACUCCUCUCAAGUUUCUUGCACUAGAGGAUGGUAUGUCACAUAUGGAAGCUAGGUAUCCAGUCAUAUUGUUUAAGCAACAAUUAACUGCAUCUGUUGAGAAGAUCUUUGGCAUGAUACGAGAUAAUUUGAAGAAGGAAAUUUCUGCGUUGUUGACGUCGUGUAUUCAGGCACCAAAAAACCAUCGGAUUCACGGUGGAAAAAUGACUAGAUCACCGGGAAGUGCUCCUCAGCAGCCACCAAGUACUCAAUGGGAUAACAUCAUCAAAUUUCUGGAUUCUUUUUUGAGCCGGCUACGUGAAAAUCUCGUGCCUUCGUUCUUCAUCCGGAAGCUUACAACCCAAGUAUUCUCCUUCAUCAACAUCCAAUUGUUCAACAGUCUUUUACUUCGCCGUGAAUGUUGCACAUUCUCGAAUGGUGAAUACAUGAAAUCUGGUUUGGCAGAACUAGAAAAAUGGAUAGUCAAUGCAAAGGAGGAGUUUGCUGGCACGUCUUGGCAUGAGCUGAAUUACAUCAGACAGGCUGUUGGAUUUCUGGUUAUACACCAGAAGCGCAAGAAGUCAUUGGAAGAGAUAACACAAGAACUUUGCCCGGCCUUGACGAUGAGACAAAUCUAUCGGAUAUGCACAAUGUACUGGGAUGACAAGUAUGGGACUCAAAGUGUGUCAACGGAGGUUGUUAGUCAGAUGAGGGAAGUUUUUGAUAAGGAUUCUCAGAAUUUACCAUCAAAUUCAUUCUUGUUGGACGAUGAUCUCAGCAUUCCGUUCUCAACCGAAGACAUCUACAUGGCACUCCCUGAAAUAGAUCCCGCGAUCAUAGAACUCCCAAAGUUCUUGUCUGAAUAUCCGGCAGUGGCGCUUCAGCUGCAGCAACCGAAAUAGAUGCAUGCUUGUGCCUCUUCAAGCAUCUUGCUUGUAUCAUUAUAUUAAUAUUAGUUGGGAAAGGUGAAAGGAAAGAGGAAUAGUUGAUUCAAUUGGAACUUGCAGAAUUGUAGGUUUAGGGUUACAGAUUAGGGUGACUGUACAGAGUAGAUGCAAUUUACUCCCCUUUUCCCUUUUCUCACCAGCCUAUAUUGUUCUGUAACUAUAUUUUUUUUAACCCUCAAGGAGAAAAGGGCAUUUUCAUUUCCUAAAAUUGUAUUUACAACUAUUGACAAUAUUAAUGAAAUACUCUUAUCUUACUACA